AUUUUUAGGUUACAAUUUUGAAAUUCUUCAUAACAUCUCUCUGAUAACAUCCUUUUAAAGAACGAAGGAAAUGCAAAAUUCAGUGAAUCAAAAUUAUAAUAUUGAAUAAAAAUGGAUCUGUCUACAACCUCUAUUUCACCCAAUAGAAAAAUUCUCAAAGGAUCGAAUUCGAAAGCAUUGGAGAGAAGUUUGCUAUUGAAGCAGAAUAAAAAUUCCUUAAAAAGAAGUAUAAUAUGGGCUAGCGUGAAUAUAAGCAUUCUGUUUUUAGUUUUGUAUGACUUAUCCCAAGUUUGCCCACUGACAACAUCAUAUUUCGAGUAUGUGGAGUAUGGGGUGGUUGCUAUAACAAUUCUGAAUGUUCUCUAUCAUAUUACAAGAAUUCUUCUAAUUUCACUACGUUUUGAACAAAUACCAGUUACAAUUCAGCAAAAAAAACUACUAGGGAUCAGAGAUUAUGAUAGUAAUUACAAAAUUAUAAAUCAGUUGAGUCCUAUUUGUAACAAAGGAGUUGAAACAAGUCCAUUACAGGUAUCACCCUUAAAUGUUACAUUAUCUUCUAGAUUCAACUCAAAUUCCUUGAACAACUCAAUGAAUAACUGGUCCGGUUCUUAUGCAAAUGAAAGCGGAAAUCUCUCCUUAUCAUCAUCUUGGACAUACAAAAGAGGAAGUUCGCCUGUUGCAACAAGCUCCUUAACUCCUAAACAAUCUCCAUAUCGUAACAGGAUAUUUUCAGAUAGUUAUAAAACUGAUCCAAUAAUGGAUGAAAACUCUUUAGAUGAAUUCCUCAAAGAACAGGAGAUGUUUGAAAAAAUUAACAGAGUUCAGAAUCAAUCCUCACAGUCAAGUAAUCUUCUUAGUAGCUUCUGGAGGCAUCCUAUCACAAAAAAUCCUAAAGAUUCUUUGGUUCUUAGCAAGUGUAAAUAUCAACUCUCUCCUUUCUCUAGAGAUAAGAAUAAAUCUGGUUCCAAAUUGGAGGACAAUAUGCCAAACUCUACUUCAGGACUAGAACCUUGGACUAAAAUUAAUGUUGAUAUUGUUGCUUUGACUCAGUGGAAUGAAAAUUUGAGAAAGUGGAUUUCGCAGACAAUUUUGGAACGAUUAGUCUAUGAGAUUGACACUGUCAAUAAAACGCUAGAAAAACAUGGUUUGAAUGAUAUUAAGAUUGGUGAAAUAGGAUUGGACCGUCUUCGUAAGACAGCUGAUAUGGUUCCCGUUACACAUCUAAUACCAUCUUUGAAGGGUCUGAUUGCCUUCAUGGAAGUUAGCCCAAAUCAGGAAUAUCUUGAAAAAAGAAUACGACAAUUAGUUAAAGGUGGAUGUAUGAGUGAUUUUAGUUGGAAUUCUGGGGCUAGUCAUAAUGGAAAACCUUGGAAUGAUUCCCUUCCAACUGACUGUGCUAUCAUAAUGCAUUUGUUGGCAACUUAUUUAGACACCCAAUUGAUGCCGCUUCCUAGUGCACCUGAUAUAAAGCCGUUCAGUGGAUAUCACUACAUCAGAUACAAUGAAAAGGUUCCCCAAUUGAAUGAUUCUACGAUUUUCAUCCAUCAAGUUUCUGAGAAACCUCCCCAUUUUAGAAUAAUUGUAGGCGACAGAAUUUAUGAAAUGGGAAAGGGUUACAACAAUAUGUUUCAUAGUAUUCUAUUUUUCUUGUAUCACAUAAAUAAGAUGGGUCAAGGCAUGAUAGGAAGGGUGAACUUGGGAAGAGCUGGCGUGAAUAUGUUAUGGAUUAUCGAUCAGUGAAAAAAUGGAGUAUAUUUUUUUUCUGAAAUUAAAAAACUUUUUUCAA